UAUGCUAGCAGCUACGUUCAGGCUCCUAGGACGGGGUGUAAGCGACAUCAGACGAACAUCGUUUGUUGUCUCUUCAGAGGAAACAGGGAGUGGAUAAAUACACGACAGGGGUUUCGUUUGUUACGGUGGCAGCAUCGAAACGGAGUAUCUCGAGUGGUACCUUACUGUAACCUUUAUGUGAGGCCUAAGCCCUAUAGGAGCGGGUCAUAGACGGGAGGAGAGACUCGGGAGAAAAGCAUCUGGCCACAGAAGCCUGGAUAAGACUUUAUUUUUUAUUCAGUCCCUGACACACAGCUACAGCCAAGCAGUUCUCCAGCACGCAACAACAACCAUGGAGGCCAUUGCCAAAUACGAUUUCAAAGCCACUGCUGAUGAUGAGCUUAGUUUCAAGCGUGGAGAAGUCCUUAAGGUAUUAAAUGAAGAGUGUGAUCAGAACUGGUACAAGGCAGAGCUAAAUGGAAAAGACGGCUUCAUCCCCAAGAAUUACAUAGAGAUGAAAGCUCACCCGUGGUUCUUCGGGAAGAUUCCCCGGGCCAAAGCAGAGGAGAUGCUAAACAAACAGAGGCACGACGGGGCCUUCCUCAUCCGAGAGAGCGAGAGUGCGCCAGGAGACUUCUCCCUCUCCGUGAAGUUUGGAAAUGACGUCCAGCACUUCAAGGUUCUUCGUGAUGGGGCUGGAAAGUAUUUCCUAUGGGUGGUGAAGUUUAAUUCCCUCAACGAGCUGGUAGACUACCACCGCUCCACCUCAGUCUCUCGCAAUCAGCAGAUCUUUCUGCGAGACAUAGAGCAGGUCCCCCAGCAUCCCACAUACGUGCAGGCGCUCUUUGACUUCGACCCCCAGGAGGAAGGCGAGCUGGGUUUCCGACGCGGCGACUUCAUCCAAGUCCUGGACAACUCUGACCCCAACUGGUGGAAAGGAGGCUGUCACGGCCAAACGGGCAUGUUCCCUCGCAACUACGUCACGCCUGUCAAUCGGAACAUGUAAACAGUCAGAUCAUGUAAACAGCAGCCACCACAACAGCAACCAUCAACACCACCACCACCACCACCACCAUCAUCAUCGUUGAUCUCAUCAGCCCCCCCAUCCAACCACCAACCACCCCUCCACCCCUCUUCACCAUCCCACGAUAACAGGAGCAGACAGGAAGAGCGCAUACAACCGAAAGAGAGAGAGUGAGUUUAAAACAGGAGUAGUGCUUUCGUAGGCGUCGCUGUGUGGGUGGCAGCGGAGCAAAAUCUGGAAAAAAAACUUUUUCUUGUGCUGAGAAUGUUCACCUCCUUAGUGAACGCCUCGAUGAGGAUUGAACCGUCUUUGAGGGAAAUCUAAACGCAGAGAAACUAAAGAAUAGUGCACCAACCGUGAAGAUAACCAAAUGAUUCUACCGCUCGCACAGCUGCUUCUGUCUUCCCCUUAACUUCUUAACAUUCUGCCUUUCCUCUGUUUUUUGUUUUGUUUUUCUGUGCCGCAUGUUGUUUUAAUCACCUAAAUGAAAUGCCUACCGAUAAAUCCUAACUCUGUUUAAAAAAAUUUUUUAAAUAAUAAUAAAAAAGAAGAAAUGGUUUUAAAAAUGUACAAAAAAGACGAGCUAGAGAGAAAAAAAAAUGCAAUCUACAGUACAGCAAGUUUCCAUGUCUGAGAUCAUUGGCACGUGAGCAUUGUACAUCAGCCAUCGGCUGUAUAAAUAAAUCAACUAUAGAGAGAAUCCAUUUUUUAAGAAUAUAUUAUAUAUUUGUAUGUGUUUUUGUCUGUUUUACCUCUCAUCACAAAUUGUAUUUUUUUCCAUUUGUAAAUUAUGUUCAAUCUUUUGUUAGUCUGGAUAAGACCUAGUAGCUCUAGAAUGUGCUGAAUUGUCAGGCAAUUUUUUUUUGUUUGUUUUGUUUUUCUGAAUCUGUCUGAGGGCUCUCCCGGAUAAUACAGCAUGAUAUUUAAGGGGGCAUGAAUUUGAUUCGAAUAGGUUUGUCUUGCCUAUAAUGCAAAGAAAGUAAAGUUAGCUCUCUGUGAAGAAACAAAUCAGGAAGCUAACGCUGACCAGCAAGUAGAGCCAUGAAUGCUGCAAGAGCUGUUGUAUUACGAAGCCCAGUUGUAAAGGUCAGCCACCUUUUCAAAGCCAAUGUAUUUAUUGCAGCCAUUUUACUUGGGCAGUGAAUGUAGCUGACUGAGUCCAUUGAUAUUAACAUGAGGGAAGCAAGGUCGGAGAUCUGAACUACACAACCAUGCAAGGGAUUUUAAAGACAUGCUGAAAUAGUGAUGUUUUCAUUCAUAAAGAGAACGAUGUAUGGAGGAUUAUGUACAGGCAGUGAACAUGCAUAUUCACAUAAACACUCAUUACAUGCAUGCAUACGCAGACGCUCUCCUCCUUUGUUAUACCUGCACGUAGCAAGGAGGCAGAGUUUGGAUAAUCACAUUGUGUAAUCACCAGUGCAGAUCUGCAGCUGGCACAGAUAACCAGUUCAGAAAACUGAGAGAUUGUCUUUUAUGCUAAAAGAGAGAGAGAUCAGCGUAAAUGAUGUAAGUUGUUUUUUUUGUCCUUUUUUGUUUUUUUUUCCCCAAUGUGGCGUCUGGUCAAGCACUUUUUUUGUCAAACAUUUUGAUUUCUGGCCUGGUCCUGUGCGUGUGUAUUUGUGUGUGUGUUUGUGUUAUUGGUUUCUGUUUUCUUGUUCUCUCUGGAUAGUGCCUUUCUCUCUGGUGUUUCAGUGUCUCCGACCUGCUACUUUGAGCCCCCUCCCUAUAUGGGGCCUGCCAGUCCUGCAGUGAGAAACAGUGUACAUAACUCUACCUGUCCCAUCCAACAAUGAACCCCCACCCUCCACAUCACCCCGCCUCCACCUUUAUCCUCACCAACAUGGAACUCUUCUUAUUUAAGUGUCUCUCGCCUUGUCUUACCUAAUGAUACUGUUUUGUUUUUGC